AAGAAAAGAAAAACAAAUCAGACACCAAUGUUUCUCCUUAUCGUUUUCUCUCUAUCCCCUUCUUCCUCCCACUGUAGCUGUGGACCAGUCAACCGCGAUCAAUCAAUGAUAUGGGUCUGAAAAGAAAGAAAUCUUCUGGAUGUCAAAAUAGAAAGAAAACGGAGAAGAAUUGGAAUCAACUAAACCUCUUGCUGGUUCUUUGGAGAAGUUUUUAGUUAGGAAUCAGCCAACAGUUGAGAAUGGAAGUAAUGAGGAUGAUGGUACUGCAGAUAAUGAUAUCAAUGAGCACAAUGAGAAUGAUGUUGAUGCUGUUAAUGGUAUGAAUGAGGGUAAUAAUAAUGAUACUACUAAUAAUCAUAUGAAUGAGAAUGAGGGUGUUGGAUCCGUUGGUGGUGAUAAUACAGAUGGUAUUCAAAGCAAUGAGAAUGAAGGUGUUGAAUCUGUUGAUAGUGGCAAUAGAGAUGGAAAUGAUUCAAAUGAAGGCAAGGAGAAUGGAGGUGUUGAAUCUAUUUACGGUGACAAUGGAGAUGAAAAUGAGGGUAAUUUAAACAUAAAGGAAGAACCGAAUGCAGCUGGACAAGCUAGUGAUGAAUUGAGACAUACAGCCAUGUUUGGACAUACAGCCAUGUUUGAUCCAGGUAAUUGGAAUGCAAUUGAUCAGAAAAAUUAUCUAACUACUGUGUAGGGGGCAACAACUGAGAUUUUUUCUCGGGGAAGCAAAAUCUCAGGGCCGGCCCUGUGUCAUGUCAUGUACCUGGAGUGCCCAUAUCAUAGUUGUGUCUGUCUUCAGUAGUUUCUAGUGGGUUGUAAUGGAUGGUUUAGAUUAUCCCACGUGGAUAGUUAGUGAUCGUCGGAUAUUAAGGGAGAGAGUGAGAGAGUGUGUGCCUGAGUUAUAUACUCUCAUAUCUUGUAUUGAAACUCUCAUGAGACGAUUUAUGAAUAGAAUAGCUUAGUUUAGCAUUUAGGUUUGGUUCACUAUGAAUCAAGAGGUUACUUACUAGUACAUCCAGGUACACUAUAUUUGGUAUCAGAUUCGUUCCGAUCUAGGGACUAUCUUCGGUCAGUUAGGGAUUUGUUGGCUCAAUUAGUGGCGAGAAAUGAAGCUUGUAACCAUUUAUGUGAAUUGAAGAGGAAACGUCAAGAGCUGCUGGACGAUGUAAAUUCACCAACUCGAGGUUUAAAUCUGCUGCUAAUGGAAUAUCUCAUCUCCAUCGCCAAGAGCAAGUGGGAAUCACUUCUACUACCAAAAUCUGAAGCAGAAAGUGUUGAUGAAGUUGGGAAUCUAGAAGCUACGAAGGAGGAGGAAGAGGUUUUCAUUGAAGAAUGGGUACCUGAAUUCAGUCAAGAUCUUACUCCAUUAUCUUCCUGAUGCUACUUCCGAUUCAACUUUAGAUUUCGAUUCAAUUUCUGGAUCUAAAACCGAUUCAGCUAAGGGUUUACAUGGGUUUUUAAAAUCGACUUCAAACAUUGAAUACUCUGCUAUUUCAACUGUUGAUUUCACUGUCUCUCCGUCUGAGGAAAUCAAAUAAAUUUCUACUGGUGUUGUUGAAGAAGGUGCUUCUCUCGAUUUGGAGUUGAUUCCUCCAUUUUUCUUCGAUGAAAACGAUACUGAUGAUUCAACCGAGGCUGUGAGUUUUCAGUUUACAGAAAUUGAUAAAACUGAAGUGAAUAAUUUUGAAAGGAAGGAUCGGAUCAAAUGGCGUAAGUGUUUUUCCAUUCUUCUCGAUUCCUCUCGUAUCAUUUCUGAUCCAGGAAAAGAUUUCAAACUCAUUAAGAGGUUUUGUUAUUUGGCCGGUGUCUAUGAAUUUGGUUUCGAUUCAAUUACUUCAUGUUCUUUUGCACAAUAUGUUUGCUCAAUUUUAAUGGAUGAAAUUGAUAGAAAUCCUGUAUAUGAGCUGAAUUAUAAGAAUGGGUACUGGUCAGAUUCUUGGGUUCGAGGUCAAAUCGCUUGUAUGUUGGCUAAUGGUAGUGUUUCUAGUAUCACCUGACAGCUAUUUGUUAAAAUACUUCUAAUGGAUAUUGUCUGUUCGGAGCACAAAAUUCAUACUGAUAUAGUCUGACUUGUUGAUUCCCGUUUGUUAUACGAUCGAGGUAAGCGUGUUGUUGUUUCAUCAAAUUCUUAUGGUAAAUUCAUAAUUCAGUUAAUUCUUAGCCCGGGGUAUAAUUCAGAAUUAAGGUUCAUCAAUUCGUUUGCUCUUGUAUGUGUUAAAUAUGUCGAUAAUCAUAGUUCUUGUUUGAUUGUUCUUCUUGGGUCCGUGUUACUGGAAAUAUACAAUGAGAAUUUGGUUCUUGAGCUGCUACCAAGACAUGAGUGUCCGUUUAAAUUUCAGCUUCUGAAUUCGUUGGGUCUUAGAGUUUUCAAGGUUGCUGAAUUUGGUGGUGAUGGAAUUUGGUUGCUGACUUUUCAAAGAGAAUUAGAUUUGUGUUUCUCUUGUUGGCUAGAGUAGUUACUUUUGAGAUGGCUUGUCAGUUGAUGUUUCAAAUGGUUGAGAUAUGGAGAGCAAUAAAUUUUCUUUUGCAAUGCGCUUCAACUAUCUCCUAUCAUAGUUUAUGCCCAGUGCAUCUUCGUCAUCCUCUCGCAAAACAACUUGCAAGCUCUGCGAUGUUAUUCAACAGCAAGUUGCUCGGUAAGGACUGUUUUUAUCUUUCUUUUGAUCAUACUCGUGCAUUAUUCGACCGGGGAAAGGAAAUUGAACUCAAUGUGUAGUCCUCUUGUUUUCUGAAACGGGAUUUUACAUUUGGAACUGUUCUUCAUGGUGUACAUUUAGUCGAUGAAUGUUAUAGAGGAUUUGUUCUUACGCUGGUCUGUAAGCUUGAGUACCAGACAAAAUUUCAGUUUCUAUGUCUGAUCAUGUUUGUGUUGGUCGACAAGGGUGGCAGUGGUGCCAGUGGUACAUCGUUAAGAUGCUAUGUCAGGAUUUGGCGUAUGUAUGAUGCUAGUCAGCUGGUUAAUGAAAUGCCAAAGCAAUAUUUUAUUCUCUGCUCUGUUUUGAUACUUCAAGUGACAGGUAAUAUUGAAUCUGGUACUGUAAGGGAAUUAUUUGAUCGACUACAUCACAGUGGUUGGUGUAGUUUUUGUGGUUCAUUCAUCUUGCAGUUGAACAAUGGGUUGCUAGCUGGGAUUUCGAUUUUUCAUUUUUGGUGAGUGGGUGUUGGUUUUGAGCUACUUCGUAACAAAGCCUAUAUGCAAGCAACUGUAUUAUCUACCCAGGAGAUUCGAGUUUCAAGUUCAGUUGGUGGUUGUGUUAGAUUUCAUUACUAUGCCCAAAGGAAGAUUCUCAUAGUUACUAGCAUGGCUGUUCCUUUCUCUUUACAGGCUCUUCAACAUAAACUUUUUUACUGUCAUAGAUUGCAGAGUCCCGUAUCUCAAGCAAAAGAAACUCAGAGUCUAAAUAUGCUGCUGUGGGUAGAGUACUUGAGCAGGAAAGUCAAGUUGUUUUUAACUGGGUGGUGGAGUAAUAUGUUCUGUGAAGCUGGGAUUUGUACUCAGAUUACUGCAAACUUUGUUGCCAAGCUCAUUUGCGCUCUGUGGGAAAGGAUUAAUCAGUUUGAAGCUACUAAUGGCUCUGCACCUAUAUCAUCUUUCCAGCAACUUUCUACUCCCAUAUUUCUGAUAAUGCCCACAUGUGCCAUGAAGCUGUUUACUACAUGUGCCAUGAAGCUGUUUACUGAGCUAAAGGUUGAUUUUGGGCUUACAACCAAGUUUGUUCCUACUGGUCUGUUCUGGGCAAACAAGCUGUUUGGUAUAUUAGUUGGGAGUGUAAUGGGGAGGUUGAUUAGUGGUGCUGAUGAUAUUCCCUGGAUUGCUCAUGUUUUUUCUACUGCUCAAAAGGACUGCUUUGGUACAUUUUUGAAGGUUAGUAUGGGAGUAAAUGGGCAUGGACAGUUCCACAUUAUUCUGAUGCUUUUAACAAGUUUAUUCACACUUCUCCUACUGAUUUUGUCACCUCUGGUAGUACAAGCAUCUGGGAAUUUUGUGUUGGUUUUUUGUCAUACUAGCUUGUCAUGUUUGGUAUGUCCACCAAGUGGCUAUCUCCAGCUUGAGCUCUAUGGAAGAAAGCAGGUAGUACAACUCUUAUACACUGUGAUGCACACUCUAGCUGUGUCAAAGUCAAUGGCUUGUGCAAGUAAGGUUCUGUGGUGGACAAUGAAAUGGACAUCCAAGGUGCUGGUUAGAUUUAACUUUCAGAUUCUGGAGCAGUUGUGAUCACAGGGGAAAUUGCAACUACAAGCUAAAGCAACUCGUACCAACUUGUGAUGGUCAGCUCAAUAGUGUACUUGUGUGCAUUCCAGGUCAGGUUGAGGUUCUUUGUACGAAGCUAAAGGUUAAAAAUGGGCUACAGCCAAAUAUGUUGCUUGUCACUUUCCGGAAUCUAAUGGAAUGGAGAUGAAGCUACAACAUUCCAUUGUACACAGGGUCACGACUAAAGUUCCAUUGGAAGCUGUAGUACUAGACUCCAAACAUCUGCAGGCAUGUAUAGAUAAGAUAACGGAGAUGGCUGUGUUUCAGGAGAAAACGGUACUAGAAGCUACACGCAGUAUUCAAGUGGUUAACACAGUAACGAUGAGACUUCUUACAGCUGCCAACCUUAUUUCAAGAUUUGCAACCAGUGACUUCAAGCAGUUGAAGACCUUUCCUACUGAUACAAGUAAGCAGCCCGAGUUGACGUGUACUUGGCAGAAUGGGUUCUCACUGGAGAAUGGAGAUGCUAGAAGGGAUUCUUGUCAGCAUAAUUUCUCAUCCUAUCAUCACACUCGAAGACAGCUUGCUUGUAAUUCCCAUUUGUGCUCACAAUAUAGAGGGUAAAAUAAAUUUAAACAUUGCAACGGGAGCAAGCAUCUACAUUCUGGUCCGUUCCAAGAAUUGGUACAACACGAUCUAACUCUUGUCUUUUUUCGUGCAACUGCUGGAGCACAAACGUGCACAAACCAACUCCUCUUGUCUUGUGGAUAUAUAACUAGUCCGUCUCGAUGACUGCUACAGUAGUGAAAGGCGACAGAACUAGUCCAUCUCGUGAACCACCUCCGGCGGAGUUUAGUACACCCAUAAAUUAAGCAGAUUCAGCAAUUGUCGGUGAAUAAAAAGAUUGACGGUGAAUAAAAAGUUCGGUUGGAAUAUUUUAACAUUUUUAUAAGUAUUUUUAAAACGCCAGAAUGGAGAUUAUAAUUUCUAUGUGUGUAAUAAUAUUAAGUAGAAUUUGAUUAUAUUGCCUCCAUUGCUGAAUUUAUCAAGAAAAAUUGGAAAUUGUUUUUUUUAUUUUUUAUGAGAAAGAUACCCAAAUUGAUCUAUUG